AUGAGUAAGAAAAUGGACUUAAAUUCUUCAUUCGAUUGGCCUCACUUGCUGAGUUAUAAUGGGACAUACAAGUACCUCUACUUCGAAGGCAACGUCUCCUACGUGGACUUCUACCUUCAUCAACCUUCAGUGGCAGCUGUCUUCAUCGUCUCAUACCUCUUAAUCUUCCUGCUUUGUAUGGUUGGCAACGGAGUGGUUUGCUAUAUUGUUCUGAGGAGCAAACACAUGCGUACAGUCACAAAUCUUUUCAUCUUAAACCUGGCUGUCAGCGAUUUACUGGUGGGAAUCUUCUGCAUGCCCACCACUCUCCUGGACAACAUCAUUGCAGGAUGGCCAUUUGGGAGCAUGGUUUGCAAGAUGAGUGGGAUGGUCCAAGGAAUCUCUGUCUCUGCCUCUGUCUUCACUCUGGUUGCGAUUGCUAUAGAUAGGUUUCAAUGCAUCGUUUAUCCAUUUAAACAGAAGCUGACCAUCUCAACUGCAAUCAUUAUUAUAACAGUCAUCUGGAUUCUGGCCAUCACAAUCAUGUGUCCUUCUGCAGUCAUGUUGCAGGUACAAGAAGAGAAGCAUUUCAGGGUGAUCCUUGGCUAUGGCAAUGAAACCCGCCCUGUAUAUUGGUGCCGGGAGAACUGGCCUAAUGCAGGAAUGAGAAAGAUCUAUACAACGGUUCUGUUUGCCAACAUCUAUCUUGCUCCCCUGUUGCUCAUUGUUAUCAUGUAUGCUAGGAUAGGCAUUGCUCUCUCUAACACAGCAAUGCCCACAGUGGGAAAGCACAGCCAGGAGCAGCGACACAGCAUGUCUAAGAAGAAACAAAAAGUCAUCAAAAUGCUCAUUAUCGUAGCGUUGCUUUUCACCCUGUCUUGGCUUCCCCUGUGGACUCUGAUGAUGCUCUCAGACUACGCCAACCUGUCAGAUGUCCAGUUGCAGAUCAUCAACAUUUAUAUCUAUCCUUUUGCUCACUGGCUGGCCUUUUUCAACAGCAGUGUCAACCCCAUCAUCUACGGUUUCUUUAAUGAAAACUUUCGCAGAGGCUUUCAGGCAGCCUUUAAACUUCAGCUCUGCUCUAGGAAGAUCAUUCACAGGGACAUCUAUUCCCAGCGAGGCCAAAGCAAUGCCAUUUUGCCAGCUGCCACCUACCAGACACCCCAGGAUCAAGCUUGUCAACAUGCCAAGGUGGAGGGGAAGCCAGUUCGGAAAGGAAAUUGGAUGAAUAACCAGCAAGAUUUGAUGAUGGAGGAUCUCGAAGAGCCCUGCAAUGAUGAGAUUAAGUGAAACAUGCUAUGAACUCUCUAAAAGAUUCAUGCCUAGCAGAAUUUCUUUACUGGGAUGUGAAAUUCAUGUUCUGUAAGGGAUUUGUAACAAAAUAAAAAAUGUCAAUGUGUUUCUGUUUAGAAAAAGAUAUGCAACUUGCAUACUACCUGAACUUUAAUACAAGAAAGAAGCAAAAUUCAGCCUUCUUUGUCACCAGCUUAAGCCAGGGACAACCCCCCUGCAGUCAGUGAUGACUCACCACUCUUGAACUGAGCUGCAGCAAAGACCUGAUUAAAAUGGGAUUACCUUCCCUUUACUGCAAAGUAAGAGAGGAAGAGAACUAUGUUUAUGUACCCUGACACAAUUAUACCUGACACUCACUGAUGGAGAGGAGAACAUUCCUUCAUUUGCUUCUAUGA